GCGUUCUCUCGAGUCUUUUCAUUAUUAUCUUAUUUUAUUUCUAUUUAAUAAUUAUUAGAAAAUUAAUAUAAAGAAAAAAAAUGGAGAAAUCCAAUAGUUACAUUACAUAUAUGGCCGUGUAUAUAUAUACACCCACCAAACAACCGUUUUAAAUACAGAAAUAUUUUUUCUCAUUAGAGCAGAGCAAAGCACAUAAUACACUUGUCUCUCAAAUCAAUUCAUAUUCGUGUUUAUUCGUUUAUUGUUUGAUUGAUAAUUGAGGAAAAGAAACAAAUGGUAUUAGUUGGGAGAAAGAAGAGUGGAGGAGAAGAGGGAACGCAAUUGCAAUUGGGGAAAUACGAGAUCGGAAGAACACUUGGUGAAGGCAAUUUUGGGAAAGUUAAAUUCGCUAAAGACGUUCAAACUGGACACCCUUUUGCUGUGAAAAUCCUUGAAAAAACCCGUAUCAAAAACCUCAACUUCUCAGAUCAGAUAAAAAGGGAGAUUGCUACAUUGAAGAUCCUCAAACAUCCUAAUGUUGUUCGAUUACACGAGGUUUUGGCAAGCAAAACCAAGAUUUACAUGAUUCUUGAAUACGUAAAUGGAGGCGAACUAUUCGAUACAGUUGCAUCAAAAGGUAAAUUGCCCGAAUCAAAUGGGCGGAAGUUUUUCCAACAGUUGAUUGAUGGGGUCAGUUAUUGUCAUGAUAAAGGCGUUUAUCACCGUGACUUAAAGCUCGAGAAUGUUCUUGUUGAUGCAAAAGGAAGCAUCAAAAUAUCAGAUUUUGGCCUUAGUGCACUGCCCCAACAUUUAAGGGACGAUGGGCUACUACAUACGACUUGUGGAAGUCCUAACUAUGUUGCACCCGAGAUUCUUUCCAACAGAGGGUACGAUGGCGCCACGUCAGAUACAUGGUCAUGUGGGGUCAUUUUAUAUGUAAUCCUAACCGGUUAUCUCCCAUUUGAUGAUAGAAAUCUUGCAGUUCUUUAUCAAAAGAUUUUCAAAGGGGAUGUGCAAAUGCCGAAAUGGUUACCUUCAGGGGCAAAGAAUUUGAUAAAGAGAAUUCUUGAUCCAAACCCUAAAACAAGGAUAACAAUAGCAGAAAUCAAAGCAGACGAAUGGUUUAAACAGGAUUAUACUCCUGCAAUUCUUGAUGAAGAGGAAGACGAUGUGGUACCUGUUGAAGUUGAAGUUUUAUCUUUACAUGAAGCUCCAACAGAUUCCGAAAAAGAUCCCGAAUCACCUACUCAUAUCAAUGCUUUUGAACUCAUUGGAAUGUCAUCUUGUCUGGAUCUCUCUGGUUUCUUUGAGAAAGAGGAUGUAUCGGAGAGAACUGUGAGGUUUACAUCCACAUGUUCUCCAAGAAAGUUGUUAGGAAGAAUCGAGGACACAGUAUCACAGAUGGGAUUUGUAGUUCAAAAAAGAAAUGGAAAGUUGAAGGUGUUAGAAGAUCACAACGGGCAGAGGAAGCCUUGUAAUUUAUCCGUUACAGCAGAAGUGUUUGAAAUAAACCCGUGUUUGUAUGUAGUUGAAUUAAGAAAAAACAGCGGGGAGAGUAGUGUAUAUAGACAGCUAUGUGAUAAGGUAUUGAAGGAUUUAGAGGUGUCACAAAGUCAAGAGCAUCUGGCAGCAAAGUUGCUGGAAGCUUAAUAGGUUUGGAGACAUAUAUGAUAUAUGAUGAUGGAUGUAUAAAUAUAAAUAUUAUAUAUUAUAGGAGGUGAUUAUGUGAAUCUUCAAGUUAUAUUCAAGUAAGGAGAAGAUUAGUGAUGAAAAAAUGCUUCAUUUCUUUGGUUCUUUAUAUAUACAUACAUAUGGUCUUAAGUUCAAUGUUGAAAUCGUGGGUUAUAUUGUAUAGCAAUUAGUAAAUGUAUGGAUACAGAUGGUAAUAAAUAUAAUAGUACCUAUAUGCAAGUAAAUUCGAUA